AUGGAGGCUACUCUUACCUAUGACACUCUCAGGUUCGAAUAUGAAGACUUCCCUGAGACCAAAGAACCCGUUUGGAUCCUCGGCCGGAAAUACAGUGUUUUUACAGAGAAAGAAGAGAUCCUGUUGGAUGUGACCUCUCGGCUUUGGUUCACCUACAGAAAGAACUUCCCUGCUAUCGGAGGAACCGGUCCCACAUCUGAUACUGGCUGGGGCUGUAUGUUGCGCUGUGGCCAGAUGAUCUUUGCUCAGGCCUUGGUCUGCAGGCAUUUGGGAAGAGACUGGAGGUGGAUAAAAGGGAAGAGGCAGAUGGAUAAUUACUUCAAUGUUCUUAAUGCCUUCAUUGACAAAAAAGACAGCUACUACUCCAUUCACCAGAUAGCCCAGAUGGGAGUUGGAGAGGGAAAAUCCAUAGGUCAGUGGUACGGACCAAACACAGUUGCACAAGUGCUCAAAAAACUUGCAACUUUUGAUACAUGGAGUUCACUGGCAGUCCAUAUAGCCAUGGACAACACAGUAGUGAUGGAAGAAAUCCGGCGGUUGUGCCAGUCCAACUUCCUGUGUGCUGGAGCUGCAGCAUGCCCUGCUGUGGAGUCAGACGUACUCUAUAACGGGUACCCAGAGGAAGCGGGGGUUAGAGAUAGGCUCUCACUGUGGAAACCAUUGGUGCUGCUGAUACCUCUCCGCCUUGGGCUCACAGAGAUCAAUGAAGCCUAUAUUGAAACACUAAAGCACUGCUUCAUGAUGCCCCAGUCCCUGGGAGUGAUUGGAGGGAAACCAAACAGUGCUCACUACUUCAUUGGCUAUGUAGGUGAGGAACUCAUUUACCUGGAUCCCCACACUACGCAGCCUGCAGUGGAGUCCAAUGACGGCGGCUGUCUCCCCGAUGAAAGCUUCCACUGCCAGCACCCUCCCUGCAGAAUGAGCAUUGCCGAGCUCGACCCCUCCAUUGCGGUGGGCUUUUUCUGCAACACAGAGGAGGACUUUAAUGAUUGGUGCCAGCAAAUCAAAAAGCUGUCCCUGGUAAGAGGAGCGCUGCCAAUGUUCGAACUGGUUGAACACCAGCCAUCGCAUUUCUCCAACCCCGACGUCCUGAAUCUCACACCAGACUCCUCUGAUGCCGACAGAUUGGAAAGAUUUUUUGACUCGGAAGAUGAAGACUUUGAAAUCCUAUCCCUUUGAAAACAAAUAGGAAACUGACUCUGCAAAUUUGUGUUAUGUGUGGGGAGAAGGGGGGGAGGGAAGCUCCUUCGAGAGCCUGGGGCUACCGGUUUUCAUAGGUGCUUGCUGCCAUCCCCACCUCUUGCCCAUCCUGGCAUUCUGUGCAGCCUCUGAGCGGAGCGCACAUUGUCUGCGUUGGGAUGAAGAACCAAGUGGGUGUUACAGCCUUACUGGCUGGAGUCAGAAUUUCUCAAAAAAUGCUGGAAGUGGAUGCAGUGGUGCUUAGGAGUUCAAAGCCUAUCUGUUAAAUCAGCAGGUCAGUUGGCCUUCUGGGGGAGGCAUAGAAAUCAUUAGAGCACUAAAUCCUUAUAUGGGGACUCCCCUCUGAAGCUUAAAUAGAGCCACCUGUCAUUUAGCAGGUGAAAUGUACAGUUAAUUCCUUGAGCAGCUUCUCUUCUCGCUGGCCAGCUGCAGCUCACAAUGCAAAUGAACAGUAGACAUGUCCCAGCAAGACAGCUGUGAAGCCCUGGAGUGCAGGUGGCUGGGCUUCCUACAGUACAACUCCUGUUCAUGCUUUGCAGUACACAGUGCUUCCUCACAGGUGUAGUACCGCUCUCCUGCUCACAUCCUAUGAAAAGGAAGUUGAGGGAACUUACAAGUGGCUGGUAAUUCAAUAAGCAAAAGGCUGCCUGGGAAAGUGUGGAGCAGACCCACGCUGCUGGGGAGGACCAUCUUAAUCUCAGUUUAAGUAACAGCAGAAAGAAGGGAAGGAGAAUAGAAAAUGUGCAUAUUCUUGCUUGGUGAGUCAAUAAAGCAUUGUGCUUCUACAAUAGAUUAAUGUCUACAGCAGCUAUCUUCAGGAACACUGCUUUGAGCAGAGAACUGGAUUCCAUAGCCCUGGGGAAAAAAAAAGUCCACAGCUGGGAGAGGUGAAACAGGACAACUGAGAUCUGCGAGUCAUGUGCCUGUGCCCCAGUGUGCUGGCAUGGCAUCUAGGGAAUUAAUCCUGUCAGUACCAAACAAUGUGAGCUAUAAAUUCCUCAAGGUAUUCUCAGUGGGUUGUUCAGCAGUUCCUCCAACUAAUCCUGUUAGACAUUCCCUCUCCAAAUCACAAAAGGUGCCUGAAGGUCAAGUAGGCUUCCUAGUUACAUCGGUACCUUUCCUCUUGUCUUCUGCCAGCUCCCCCUCCCUGCAGAGUAUGCACAAAGGUACUGUAGGAGCUAACCCAGAGAAACCCAUUUCAAGUAAUCAUCCCAAAGAGGGCAGUAAAGACAGAAUGCCUUCAGAAGGUCCAAUUAUACUGGCAAUUUUAGCUACUUUGAUAGCUCUGCCUGGGGCCCUUCUCCACACAGAAUUCGGAGAAAGGUAAACUGUGGAGGAGAGUCGUCUUAAUGCAAACUGCAACAGAAGUUGCUGAAGUAGUUUCCUUAGUGCAUGCUGCAGAUUGCAAACCUGUUACAAGGCUUUGUUUUGUACAUUUAGGAUUGGAACCUGUCAGUUGAUGCUUUUGUGACCAAGGGUGGUGACAGCUGGCUAGAAAUGACCCAUUUCCCCUGUGACUGACCUACUGAUGCUCUAACUGUCCCUGUGCUAUCCAAAAGCAGAGGUUUGAACUGGGAACCACAAUGCUUCUGUCACUAAAUUAUUAUUUGCUGCUUUCUGCCUGCUUCUCCUCUUCUCUAUUGUAGUUAGGGGAAGAGGCAGCAGAGGGAAGUGGGGCUGUGCUCCAUUCAUCUGCUUUCAAUUUGUAUCUGAAUAAACAGAUCUAAAA